AUGCCACAGAACGAGCAUAUUGAGUUGCAUAGAAAACGACAUGGACGUCGUUUGGAUUAUGAAGAACGCCUGCGAAAGAAGCAGGCGAGAGCUGCUCAUGAUCGUUCUCAGAUGGCAAAGAAGCUUCGUGGACACAAAGCGAAGCUUUAUCAUAAGCAAAGGUAUUCCGAGAAGGUUGAAAUGCGCAAAUUGCUCAAGCAGCAUGAAGAAAAGGAGCAGAAAAAUACCGUUGAAACGCCAGAUCAGGGAGCCGUUCCCGCGUAUCUCUUGGACAGACAGCAACAGACUUCUGGAACAGUUCUUUCGAACAUGAUUAAACAGAAGAGAAAACAAAAAGCGAGUAAAUUCAACGUUCCAAUUCCACAAGUUCGCGCUGUCAGUGAUGCAGAAGCAUUCAAAGUUGUCAAAACAGGAAAAACUAACAGAAAAGGAUGGAAAAGAAUGGUCACAAAGGUUACCUUCGUUGGGGAAUCAUUUACAAGAAAGCCGGCCAAGUUUGAGCGAUUUAUUCGACCGAUGGGUCUUCGUUUUAAAAAGGCACAUGUCACACAUCCAGAACUUCAAACAACAUUCCAUUUGCCAAUUGUUGGUGUGAAAAAGAAUCCAUCAAGUCAAAUGUACACGUCGCUUGGCGUUAUUACGAAAGGAACCAUCAUCGAAGUGAACGUAUCCGAAUUGGGAAUGGUGACGCAAGGCGGAAAGGUUGUUUGGGGAAAGUUUGCGCAGGUGACGAACAACCCGGAGAACGACGGCUGCAUCAAUGCGGUCCUUCUCAUUUAA